AAUCGACGCCAGUCGCAUGGUCAGCAAGCGCAGCAGUAUGCCCCGACCAACGGUACACCUGACGCCCACCGACAAGCUCUCCAGUCUUCGUGGUCCACGCCCGAAUUGACCGGCUACGGCUCCUAUCCGACCCCUGGCGGUCCCGUUCAGCAGCCCUCCUACGCCGACUAUGUCCAUCCAUCGCAGUCUUACUACCCCCAGGGCGACCAAGCUCAGCCGCAAUCUGCCCAUGCCGAAUACAACCCUCAGGCCUACGCAAAUGUCGGCUACAACCCUGCAGCCUACCCGUCACAACCUCCACCUCAAUCACCGCGCGCCCCGUAUUCAUACGCUCCGUCUGCCACCUCUCCUCCGCACUCGGCCGGUUAUCACCAGACCCAGCAUCGCUUCUCGCAGCCCAUUCCUAUGCCCGAGCCCGGCCAGCCUUAUACAUAUCCCGAUUAUUCACAAGACCGCUCGUCCUACUAUCCUCCCCGCCUCCGCCGCCCUCACAUGUCUGGUCGCCGUCAAACGCCUGCUCCAUAUGGAAAUGUACCAUACGCUCAAACUACCCCAACACCCGAUGAGCUGAAUCUCCCCACUCCACCUGUGCAUCCUGGUUACGGCUCGUAUAAUUCUGCUGUUUCUCCUCAAUUCUCCCCUAACUAUCUGCCUUCCCCUUCUGGACCACCUCCUCCGCCGCCAGCCCACGCCCAUGCUCAUGCUCAUGCUCCACAAAGAAGCAACACAUUACGCCAUCCACAAAACCGCCCUCUUCCAGGUCCACCAGAACCAGAUGUCGAACGUGAUUAUUUCCACCAACCCGGCUUUCGUGAGUCCUAUGCAACCGAGCAGGAGGCUCAGGAAGAUCUCUUCAAUCAAGUAGAGAGUGCUGUGCUCAAUGCCGGUGCCGCUUCGAGUGCGCGACGACAAAGCCCGCAAGGACAAUUGGCAUCGGAUCGUCCACAGCCCCUUUUCUCUCCUAGAAGCAAUACGACGCCCACCACCCAGCCUUCUCGAGACAGCAUGGCGAUUGCAAGCAUCAUCAACGAGUAUAGCGAUGAAAGUGAUGUCGAGGCCUUGGCUGGUCUGGAGGCGAUGCGUAUGGCGGAAGCUCAGGAAGCAGACGGAAACCGAGGCAGUGCUCUCUUCGGGUAUUACGGUUCUUCCUUGGCGAAUCUCUCCAAUGAAGCUGAUGACACCGAGACGCCUAUGGAUAUGAGUACGCUCAGCGGGGGUUAUGAUGCCCACAUGUCCUACGGAGGCGACCCGAGUGUUUUGGCCGCAGGUCCCGAUGCCAACGGUAUUGCCUCCAUAUCGGCUUCAAACUCUUUGCGACGCUCUGUUGGCUCGAGCAAUCCGGAUAGCAUGUACGAUCAUGCAAUGAGCCUCCAGACCCGUGGACCACCAGUUGCUCGUGUUGAUGCUGGUGAUACCGGAGGAUUGACGGAUCCAAACGCCCUCAAUCGUAGACAGAGCUUCGAUGAGGGCGACGAGUAUAGCCUUACAGACAACUUCCUCCAACCUGGCGAGCCUCCGGACAUGUUCUUCCACCCUGGUCUCUCAACGCACAGCCACGAUAGGCCUCUGCCUCCACCUCCAAUCGUCUCUGACAAUGCUAUCCCUCGUCUCAACACGAGUUUGUUUCAUCAACGCUCAAAUUCCCUCUCACAGGCUCAGUAUCGCAUGACCCCUGACGGAUACACGCCAUCUACAUUGGACAGCGGCGCUGGCACCUUUCCGCGAUCUGCAUCCCUUCUCAAUCACAGCCAAACACCACAGGUACUUCAACCUGCGAGGUCGAAAACAGAUGCAGAGGAGCGCAGACUCAAGCAGGGUUAUCGAGCUUCCAUCUACAACACUUUCGACAAUACGCCUGCCGCAAGCACUGUUGCUCUUGAUCUGCCCAGUCUGCCUACAAAGCGAUUCAACCCUUCAAAGCUUGGCGGGUCUGAUUUCAAGAAGUGUGAAGAACCCUGGGCAUUGAGCUCAAUUCUCCAAUGGCUUUUCCUUGUUGCAGAUCCUGAGAAGAUGACCGAGUUGAAAGAGUCAAUGGUCAAAGAAGCUCUUGUUGCACUCUUUACUAACAAAGUUCCUACCAUGAACAUUGCUGAUGCCGAAGUCUUGAGCAAUCGCGUUGUCGAGAACAUGUAUGCUUCCAAAACACUUGUUCCCGUUGAAGAAUGGGUCAAGCUCAGCCCAGGACACAUGAGUGGCGUCAUCUUCCAACUGACGCUAAACGGAUGCUACUCGCAUACCGUUCACAAUCACAUAUUCCCAGGUCGUUGCUAUGCUCAUCACUGUCAACGUACUUUGAAGAAGGUCAAUCUCCAAACUGUUUCGACUCGAGCUUCGGAAGAUUGGGCAACUUUCUACAAGCUUAGGAAAGAGGACGUCGAGGGUCAUGACAAGAAAGAGAUUGAAAUGCAGAACAAUCUACACGAGAUUGUGCAGACCGAAGAGGGUUUUAUGGGAGACCUCGAUGUGAUGAUCCGGUUAUACCGCGAUCCACUGGCCACUGCCAAUCCGUCUAUCAUCAGCUCAAAUCGUCAGGAGAGAUUUUUGCGAGAUGUCUUCAGCAAACUCGACUUAGUCAAGAAAGCCAAUGUUGAGCAUCUACUGCCACAGCUCAAAUAUCGACAACAAGAGCAAGGGCCCUGGGUCAAGGGAUUCAGCGACAUCUUCAGGCAGUGGAUCCGCAAGGCCAAAACUGCUUACAUCGAGUAUGCCACGGGCUUCCCUAGCGCCAAUUCUUUAAUGCGACAAGAGCUCGAGAAGAACAUCAGUUUCCGCAACUUUGUUGAGGCGGCGAGAAUGAACAAGCUCUCGAACAAGCUCGGUUGGGACAAUUACCUCAAGGCUCCUAUUACAAGGUUGCAACGUUACGGUCUACUGUUGCAAACUGUUCAUAAAAACAUGCAACAUGAUUGUGAGGAAAGAACAAAUCUAGCUACUGCAAUCGAGGAAAUUCGAGCCGUCACUCUGGAGUGUGACUCCCGUGUUGCUGAUCAGCAAAGGAAGGUCGACCUCUCUGAUCUCAGUCAAAAACUCUUGUUGCGGCCCGGAAUGGCAUCCGAGGUUGAGCUCAACCUGACAUCUAUUGGACGAGAAUUAAUUUACCAAGGAGACCUACAAAGAAUGGGCACCAACCGUUUCACAUGGCUGGAAUGCCAUGUUCUUUUGUUCGAUCACUAUCUGGUUCUCGCCAAGGCGAUCUCGGUACUGCAAAAAGGCGCACCUAACAAGAUAGAAAAGUACGACGUUUCGAGAUUGCCGAUUCCCAUGGAUUUGCUCGUCUUGGAGAACAUCAACGAAGAAGCUGUGGUCAGGUCCUCGUACGUCAAAGGAAUCACAUCUGUUACCCCUUUGCCAUCAAGGCCACUACCGUCGAGCCCAGACCUGAAUAAGAUGAGUCGCAUCACUACGGCCCAAUCGGCUCACCCCAAUCUGGCUUCUGUCAAUACAGGCUCUUCAAUGACAAGUCUGAACAGUGUCGCUUCUGCGCCGUCGAAACUUUCCAGCACUACAGUGCUUGAUAACAACAAGGACUCGGAGAAGAUCAUGUACCCGUUCCGUAUCAAGCAUUUGGGAAGUAAAGAGCCAUAUACGCUCUUCGCUGCUACAGCAGGCAGCAGAAGUGAAUGGUACAACAAGAUCAUCGAAGCCAAGACCAAACAUGCUGCUGCUCUCUUUGCUCAAAACGCCGAGCCUUUCCGUCUGAGGGUGAUUGCCGAUUCUGCGUUCUACUACGAUUCGAAUGCAAACACAAAGGACCAAUAUGGUGUCAGUAUAGGAGGCAAGCCAGUCAUAAUCAAAGGCACGCCUCUGGACCGUGCUGUCAAAGAAGUCGAAAACAGAUUCAAGGCUAGUGGUCGUCCAGCUCCGAUUUGUAGAGCCAGAGUCAAUUGCGCUACCAGCUUUACAACGUCCUAUCCUGAUACGAAGCAUAUGGUUGCAGUAGGUACAGAUUUCGGCGUCUACUGCUGCGAGAUGGAUAACCCUAGAGGAUGGUUCCGCGCUAUUGCAGGCACAAAGGUCACUCAAGUCGCCGUGCUUGAAGAAUUUAACUUGUUCUUGCUCCUUGCUGAUAAAGUCCUAUAUGCACACCAUCUCGAUGCAGUCUGCCAGCCUCUGUCUUCCAGCGCAGCCGAAACUUCGUCCUCGCGUAAGGCACCGCAAAGACUCUCUGGUAGUAGAGAUGUAGGUUUCUUCGCCGUGGGACGCAUGAAAGAUCGAACUCUGGUCUUCUACAAGAAGAAGGAUGGAAUAUCAUCGACUUUCAAAGUCUUGGAGCCCAUCUAUCAGAAGUCGACCGAGAAGAAACGCGGCAUCUUCAAACGAGGAAAUACCGAAUUCUUCCGCGAUUAUGACGACUUCUACAUCGGCACUGAAUGUCACGGCAUGAAUCUUUUCCAUAGCAGUCUCGCCAUUAGCUCGGAUAAGGGCUUUGAGGUGCUCACUUUAGACAAGAAGCAGCCAUGGAGUGUACCAGAUUGGAAAGCUCCUGAGGUCAGCAACAUCCUAAGACAUGUCGAAAAACAGGAGACUCUAGGCAUGCUCCGACUCACCGAUCAAGAGUUCUUACUCUGCUACAACCUCUGUGCAGUCUAUGUCAAUAAGCAUGGCGAGAUCAGUCGUUCAGUGGUCAUGAACUUCGUUGCCAACGCAAAGAGCGCUGCAUUGUAUGGGCCCUAUCUCGUUCUCUUUGACAAUGAGUUUGUCGAAGUGCGUAAUGCACAGAAUGGUCGCCUCAAGCAGAUCAUCGCUGGAAAGGACAUCAAGUGUCUCGACGACGGCGGAGGCGGCACCUUGAGCGGCGGCAGUACCAAUACUGGUAUUGUGAAUGGUGUCGUUGGCUAUGGUGCUGCUAGCCGCACCAUAAAGAUCGUCAUGCAACACCCUGCGCUUGAGAAGACGCAGAUCGUUGUGGAAAUGGUGUUGAACAACGAGCAGAAAGAG